AUGACCCCUCGGUCGCUAGUGUACCGUAUCAUCUUCUACGAGGACAGAAAUUUCCAGGGUCGGCACCAUGAGUGCAUUGGCGACUGUGCCGACCUGCACCCCUACUUCAACCGCUGCAACUCCAUCCGGGUGGAGAGCGGCUGCUUCAUGGUGUAUGAGAGACCCAACUACCUGGGCCACCAGUACUUCCUCCGGAGGGGGGAGUACUCAGACAGCCAGCGCAUGAUUGGUAUCAGCGACUGCAUCCGAUCCUGCCGCAUGAUCCCAGUGCACCGUGGUUCCUUCAAGUUGAGACUGUAUGAGCGUCCAGACAUGAGCGGCCAAAUGCAGGAAGUCAGCGACGAUUGCUCUAAUCUCCAGGACCGCUUGCACAUGUCUGACAUUAACUCAUGCUAUGUGGUCGAUGGCCAUUGGCUGUUUUAUGACCAACCAAACUACCGGGGAAGAACCUACUACCUGAGACCUGGAGAGUACCGUAGAUACAGUGACUGGGGAGCUCUAAGUCCAAGGAUUGGCUCAUUUAGGCGAAUCAUUGACUUCAGCUAG